AUAAAAAGGGGGGCAAAGUAGUAUUGCUAACUCAUGGCGUCCAAAGAGCAAAGAGUGAGGUUGUUGGGAAGUUUUCGUAGCCCAUUUGUUCACAGGGUACAACUCGCCCUCAAACUGAAGGGAAUUGAAUACGAAUACAUAGAAGAAGAUCUAAAAAAUAAGAGUCCUCUUCUCUUGAAGGCAAACCCUGUGCACAAGAAGAUCCCCGUGCUCAUUCAUGGUGACAAACCUGUUUGUGAAUCGGUGGUGAUAUUAGAAUACAUAGAGGAAACCUGGCCGGAAAAUCCUAUUUUGCCCAAGGAUCCCUAUGACAGGGCUCAAGCUCGAUUCUGGGCCAAGUUCAUCGAUGAGAAGGUUUUGCUUGCCUGCUGGACUGCAUACAGCACACAAGGGGUGCAACAGGCAAAGGCACUCGAGGAAUUUCAAGAGAGCCUGAAAACCCUAGAAAGAGGGCUCAAGGGGAAGUUUUUCGGUGGAGAAAAUAUUGGAUUUUUAGACAUAGUAGCAAAUUUUCUAAGCUUGUGGAUGGGAGUUCUAGGGGAAGCUGCAAAUAUAGAGCAUUAUGAUGCUGAGAAGACCCCACUUAUUCAUUCUUGGAUUCAACAGAUGAGUAGCAAUGAGGUUGUGAAGGAGAGCCUUCCCUCUCGUGAUAAGCUUCUUGCCAACUUCAAAGUUCGCCGUGAGGCCUUACUUGCUCCCCCAACUUCCUCCUAAUCAAAGGAAAAUGGUUUUAGUUAAUUGUGUUAUUUGGAGUUUUAAAAUGUAUUAGGUACGAUAAAGGUUUGAGGUUUUCUCAUAAAAGCAAGAAAAGGUAAAAUCUUUCUUGUCUUAUGUUUAAAUAAUGUAGGCCCCUAGCCGCAUUAUCUUUGAGCUUUUUUUAAUGAUAUUAAAUUGUGGUGCACUUUUGAGUUGCU